AUGUUGGACAACAAGUACCACUGGAGCGCGGUGGCGGGCUUUCUGGUCCUAUUCCACGCGUGCUACAGCGUCAUCGCGUACAGGAACGACCUGAAGAUCGCGGGCGACGAGUUCGAGGGAGUGCCGUUCCUGGUGCUGAUCGAGUGCGCGAUCGGAUUCGGGGCGUGCGCGUGGGGCUCCGUCGGGUUCGCCGGGGAGCUCGUGCCCAUCAAGGCGGAGCCGGUGGAGCUGCCCCCGGUGACCAUGGAGAAAAACGACGAUUUCAUGACGUUCAGGCACCGCGGGAGGGCGCUCAACCCGCCGGGCAAGCGCUCGUGA